GGAGGGACACACAGUAUGAAGAGCAGGGCACUAACUAAACGUGCAGCCCUGUGGUCAAACCUGCUGCUGCUACAUGAGAGAUGUUCUGACCCACACGCAGCUUUACACUCAUCAACGAAGUCAACAGAAAACUCUCUCUUGCGACUGAAGGUACUUUGGACGAGUUUGGACAAAGAGGAGUACUAACGCAGUGGAAAGUUGAACUGGUCUUUAAAUGGUGAAGGUGUCCUGGCUUCAUGGAUUUUACUGAAGUCUCCUCCACGCCGUCGUUUAACCGCGGACCCUGAGGACUCACUUUUGAUUCUCUUCUUUUCCUCCGCGCACGGACUGAGCACGAAGAUGUGACCAACCUGCUCCUCACGCAGAACCGCCUCCUUUCCUCACAUUGAUUUUAAAAGUCGUUUCCUUUGAUCGAACUACAUGUGUUCUGCAGAGCGAGCGUGAGCGAGGAGCACCGAUGGAUUGAAAGGUUGCACUUUCAGCUGUGAGUGAAAAGUGCCUCAAGUAAGGUUGGGAGAUGUGUGAAGAAGUGUGACGGACGGCCAUGGGACUGGAGAGACGGUGGCUUGUCACCACUGCAGUAGCCAUCUGUCUGCUAAGUGUGUCUCAAGGUGUGUCAUCGUUGGUUCGUGCCAGAGUGGGGGGGUCUGCAGAGCUGGCCUGCAAUCUCACUCCAACAUCCAAAGAAGACACCAGCCCAAACCUCUUCCCUCUGCAUGUGGUGGAGUGGGUGCGCCUUGGUUACAGCGUUCCCAUCCUCAUCAAAUUUGGAGUGUAUGCGCCUCGUGUUCAUCCAAACUAUAAGGGUCGCGUGUCUCUGAUCCGGGGUGCCUCUCUGCUGGUGGAACGGCUGACCCUUGAGGACGAGGGCUGGUUCGAAUGCCGCAUCCUACUCCUGGACAGCAAGACAGACGACUUUCGAAAUGGCACAUGGACCUUCCUCUCCAUCACAGCUCCACCUGUGUUUAUCAAGAAACCGCCAACUUUUGUUGAGGUUCUGCUCGGAGAUUCGCUGACUCUCAGCUGUGGAGCCCAUGGCAACCCUCGGCCAACUGUUGUCUGGCACAAAGACGAGAGCCCAAUUGAGAAACAUGAAAAAAUAAAAGUGCUCAAUGGUACCUUGUCUUUGGCCUCCGUCACAAGAAAUAUCUCAGGAGUGUACAAAUGUCACGUGUCCAACUCAGAGGGGAACCUGACCCACUCUUUGCAGCUGCAGGUCAAAGGUCCUCCAAUCAUCAUCAUCUCCCCAGAGGACACCACUCUCAACAUGUCCCAGGAUGGAGUUCUGCAGUGCCAGGCUGAUGCCUACCCUUCCAAUCUCACCUAUGAGUGGUUGAAACAUGGACAGAAUGUUUACCAUAUUGAGUCCCUUAAAUCCAGAGUGAAGAUUUUGGUGGAUGGAACUCUUCUCAUCCCUAAUCUCAUCCCAGAAGAUGCUGGCAACUACACCUGUACCCCAACUAAUGGGAUACUGACCCCACCCUCUGCUUCUGCACAUCUGAAAGUGAAACACCCUGCACGUGUUGGCCGAAUGUCCCGGGAAACAUACUUACCUGCUGGCAUGGAGGGGCUCAUUGUCUGCCCUGUCCAGGCUGAUCCACCUGUGCUGUAUGUCAACUGGACCAAAGAUGGAAACUAUUUAAAUCUUGACAACUUCCCAGGUUGGAUGGUAAACUCGGAGGGCUCUGUUUUCAUAGCAACAGCCAAUGAUAAUGCUGUUGGCAUGUAUGCCUGCACUGCCUAUAACAGUUAUGGCACCAUGGGCCAGUCUGAACCCACACGAGUCAUUCUAAAGGACCCCCCAUCGCUUCGAGUGCCUCCUCAACCUGAGUAUGUCCAGGAGGUGGGCAGAGAGCUGAUCAUCCCUUGUGAUGCCAAUGGAGACCCCACUCCAAACAUAACUUGGAGCAAGAUUGGCGCAACCCCUCGAUCUCCAUUCAGUGUGUUGGCCAAUGGCUCCCUCCUGCUGCAGCCCCUCAGUAAAGAUCACCAGGGGGGCUGGGAGUGCCUGGCCACUAACCGCGUAGCGACUGUCAGUGCAGGCACUGUGGUCAUGGUGCUGGGCACCAGUCCUCAUCUCGUGUACUCUGUAUCUGUAACCACGGAGAUGAACCAGGCCAACGUAUCCUGGGUGCCUGGCUUUGAUGGAGGAUACACCCAAAAGUUCACAGUGUGGGUGAAGCAGGCAUCCAGGGGGAAACAUGAAUGGGCUUCUUUGCCUGUUCCCACGUCCAAAAAUUACCUUCUGGUAACCGGAUUACUUGCUGGCACCAGCUAUCAGUUCAGUGUUCUACCUCAGAAUAAACUUGGCUCUGGACCUUUUAGCGAAAUUGUUUCUGUGCGAACACAAGCUGUGCCCACAGAACCUCCUACGGCUGUCAGCAUAAUCCUGGAUCCUCCCACGUUCCUGUCAGCCAACUGCACUGAACGAGGCGUCCUCCUCCAGUGGUCGCCUCCAGAGGCUCCAUCCUCUCCACUGACAGGCUAUGUGCUGCAGGUCCGUAGGGAUCAGGGCCGCUGGGUCCUCCUCAGCAACGACAUCAGUGCCAAUCAGAGCGAACUACUUGUACAAGGACUGAUACGGGACUCUAGUUAUGAUUUGAGGCUGAUGUCCUGCAGCAACAAAUUACUCAGUGAACCCAGUGAGGCUGUCAAUGUAUCCACCAUAGGGAUGGAGAUUUACCCUCUGCGCCCCAGUUUCUUGGAGAUCAUCCCUGAGCCCCUGUUGGCCGGUGUGUUAGCAGGAGUGUGCUUCCUGUUUGUGGCCAUCAUCCUCUCCUUGGUGACAGCGUGCUUUAUGAGUCAGAGAAGACGGCAGCGUCACAGGAAGAGAAGAAAAGAUCUACCAUCUUCCUUCCGGAAGAACACAUCUCUAGAAGCUCGCUCGCCUCCUCGCAGCCCAGACAGUGUCCUGAAGCUGAAGCUGUGCCCGGCACUUCCCUUUUUCCCUACCUCGUCUUCACAGUCUGACCGCUCCUCCUUCGAUAAAGGCAGCCGUGGGGAAUAUCAUGACCAGCGGAAACAACUCCUCGCCAACUCGUCUCCACCACCUCAUUACACACUUUUUGAGAGUCACAUGGGGUCUCAGGCUCCCUCGCCAACUGCUCUGGAGUCUAUUUCCAGGGGGCCGGACGGACGCUUCAUUAUCCAACCACUGCUUGAGGGUUCCAGUCAUUUAAAUAAUAAAAACUUGAAGAAGGAUGUCCUGAUUAUGAAUGGUGGGGCAAGUGGCUCAGGGAGCAAACGGACGUCACUCAGGGACUCACCAAAGUCAAGCAUACUGAGCUCAGAGAAGGAGGAGAGGAAGGAUUCUCCUUUCACUGUGGACGUCCAAGAGCUCAACAGACCUCCUUCUUCCCCUGGCAGGGUACGGGCCAUGGCCAGAAACUUCUCCCGUCAGGGCUGCUUUUAUUCGGACGAUGAACAAGGCUCAGAGGCUCUACUUGAAAGAGCCAGCUUCUAUUCAGACAGCAGUGAGAAAAAACCCAGCGAUUCUCUCAGGAGACAUCACAUGCCUGGCCACAGUGAAGGUCUGAGAACAAUGCUCCUGGAUAGAGAUCAAGAUAGACCUCACCAUUCAGGCUACCUGCCAAUGGAAAGUCAGCUGACUGAUAACAGCACCCCGGUCUCACAGCUAGACAGUGGGCUGGAGAGGGAUAACAUUAAUAAGUGUGUGCAACUGGCAAAGGAGAGAGAGAAAAUGGAGAGGGAGCUAGAGAGCUAUACAGCCGAUCAGAGAAGCAGUAGCCGGGGAAGAGAUGAGCGACAGACAACAGACAGGGAUGCAGAGGAAGAGCCAGUAUGGAAGCCACAAGACGUUACUAUCAGACAGAAACACAGGCCCUCGGGCCAGACAAGUCGGGUGUCUGACUAUCGGAGGGCGUGUUACUUCGGGAAGAGCAGCAGUCCCAUGGACCGGCUCCCUACAUCUCGAAUACAGUGGGACAUCAGUCCUGUAACCGCUGUUACCAACCUCGUUCCUGCACAGAGCCCCCGAGAGACCACAUCACAGCAUCCUCGCACAUGUAGGGAAAUCUCUGAGGACUCUAUGGCAGUUAAUUCCUCAUGCUCUCCGGGCACCCAGAACACCUCCCUCCCCAUGCUCUCUCCUAAUGUCGCCUCAAAAAGCUCGCCCGUUCUGUGUUUAGAAACACCAACCAGAGGCCGGUCACUGAGUCCUCGGAGAGAGCUGGAUAUAUGCAGAAAGUCCACGACUGAGCAGGGCUUACAAGAAAGGACGCAGGCGGGGGGGUUCUCCACAGGGUUCAGGCAUUCAUAUGCUUAUGCAGGCAAUCAGCCCUGGGAUUCUGCUGCCAGAGAUCCAAUAGGCGAUGGUGAGAGGCGGAAAAGUUCAGCUUCACCGCAAUAUCAUCAGCCCGACAGAACCAGAGACUACACAGCCAAAAGGGAUUCCAGUCCCUCGAAUUAUUCUACAUUACCCUAUGAACACCAGGACGAAGGGGCAAAGGCCAAAGACAGAGAGACUCGUGGCCGGUUGAGCUCUGGAUUUUAUUCAGACUUAGAAAGAGAGGGUGUCCGAACACGCUCCAGGAGGAGUGACAAAUGUCUUUUCUCUGAUAGUCCCAGCCCUCUUUCCACACUAACCCUCGUAGAAGAGGUAGAGAGCGAUCAGUCCCAAAUUUCUGUGCCUAGAAUGUCAGAGUCCUUCAAUGUCAGACCUGCUGCCCCAUCGCCCAAAGCGCCCCCACUGCAGACAAGUGCAAUUCUCGAGUACCUGAGCCUUCCAGGUUUCAUCGAAAUGAGCGUGGAUGAGCCUGUGGAAGAAGCUGAAGUGACAGGCACUGACGGACAAAGCUCAGCACUAAAGGCAGAAACAUCCCUGGUGACGAAGCCUGACGUGGUUCCUAAAAACUGGGAGGUUCAUGCUAAAGAAAUCCAAGGGGGUGGGGGUGCAGAGCCCGGCAUUGAUGCUUGUAGAAAACAAGGCUAUAAACGCUCGCUCCAUGUUGAAACUCGAGAUUCUUCACACAGAGUAAGAUUUCCUGAUGAGAUGAGACCCUCAUCGCAUGGUCCAGAGAAAACAAGCAAACAGCUCUAUGAUGAGAAAACACAAAUUCGGGCUGCGAUUAAAAGCACAGAAUCCAGACCUGGAUCCAGGUCAGCUCACACCUUGCUCAGUGCGGCAAAAGGCAUGGCAGAUUUAGUGUCAAAACACUCCUGGAGUUCUGUCGACAGUAGUCAGUCUUUACCGGAGCAAUCCCAAAGACAUGCUCCUCAGGGCAGCAGGACUAAUAACAUUGCGUCCCGGAUAAAUCAAGUCCCUGUGCCAUUUCUUAGGAAAUCUUUAAGUGUUGGCCCGUGUAGGACGCUCUCAGGCAUGGGACCGCCUCGUCCUUUCAUAAAGAAAUCCAUCAGUUUAGGCUCACAGAAUUGGGAGCAUUUUGAGAGCCCAAGGCCAUAUAUUUCCGAGAGGAGUUACUGGGACGAGUUCCCAAACCCAGAUGUCAGGGUGAAGUCCCACAGUUUGGGCCGCAGUCCAUCUUUCCUCCCCAGGCCUGGCCCGUCAUGGAGGGAGUAUGUCCCUUUCAGACGGCCGAGCAUCGGGAGCUUAGAGAGGCCUCAUCACACACAAAGACCCUUAGCUAGUCCCUGCUACCUCACUCCUGCUAUGUACCCACCUAGAAACACCUCAAUCUCCCCAAUGCUGGAACCCUCCGAUCCAAGACGGCAAGCAGCUGUUUUUCUCGAGUCCUCCAGGUGGUCUCCUUCUUACCAAGAGACUCUGAGGUCUUCCCAGCAUAAAUAUGUCCCCAUGCCGUCCUGCAUUCCUGUGCCCCAGUACCAACACUGGCCAGGCUCCAGAGGGGAAAGCAUGAGACCUAUGGACCCCACGAGGGGCCCUCCAAGGUCCUACCUGCCCAGAGGCAUCAGCUGGCCCUCUCCCUGUUACGCCCCCUUCCCGCCCAGGGAGGGAGAGAGUUACAGACAGCCAGACAGGAUGAUGGCUAGGGGAGGAGAGGCUGAGAUCAGGCAGGGCGGGAGGACCAGUUAUGCCAGUCAGAGCAGUGGCAGAGGCAGCGCUGGUCUCUUCCAACAUUCCCUGUCCAUCACUCCCACACUGCUCAGCUCCCCCGAGACGACGGAGGAGAGUGAGCGGCACAGAGCUGAGACGGAUCGGCCAGAGAGGAGAGCCAAAAGAAGGAACACAUCAGUAGAUGAAAGUUAUGAAUGGGACUCUGCUGAUGCCUGCGUGGACCUGGAGGUCCUGGACGCCAUGAGGUUUGAUCAGUCACAAAUGAGCUCCCGGAGAGGAAGGGGCGAGCUCAGAUAUGAUCAAGCAGGUGGCGUCCAGGACCAGCAACAGAAAGAUACAUGUGACUCAGAUCGUCAAUAGCAGUUUAAUGAACAGACGACAGCACUGAGGCCCUGGAUAUUCACACCUCGCUGGAGCUUUCUCAUGUGAAAGAACAUUCGUUGUCUAUAGUUCUUGUUCAAUGUUAUGUCAGACAUAAUGUAUUCUGUAUUGCAUCAAAUGUGAUGGACUGCAGCUCCUCAGUUUAUAUCCAAUGACAUGUUUGUUCCACAAAAUGAAGUCAGGAAGGGAUUAUUUAUUAUUCUGAGAAGCAUGUUUGUUUGGGGGGAGAUGCUUUUACACCAUGACAAUCAGGCACACAGCGCCCCCCUGAGGAAUGAAAUGUUCACACUUUAGACAGUUUUCCUGGUGAGAGUUGAGGAAGCCCUGCUUUAUAAAAGCAGCAGCGUGCUUCAUAGUGAGGGCUGAGUUUCAUCUUAAUGUCAGUCGCAUCAAAGACUUCCCUUUAAUAAUAAAAUGACGCUAAUGACAAUUACGUAGGUUUGUGUUGAUGAUCUGUUUGAGGUAGAAAAUGUUGCCUGUGCUCACAACAUUUUCACCACCAUCCUCCUCUGUGUAUGACAAGUACUUAACUAAUAGUACUUAAAGAUCACAUUAUUAGGUCACUGAUAAUUGUACUACAAAUGCUUUUAUCAGCCAACUUUAAUACCCCCAAACUUGUAUUGUUUAUAUUUAAAAGAAGAAGUAGUUUAUUUGACAUGACCUGUUGGUUCCCUGAAAUCCUACCUGACUUACUGCAGUCAUCUUCAACUGUCAAGACUUAAUUCACCAAAUCACCUAACAUAGCCCAUAUUUGUUCAUAAUGUACAAAUGUUUAUAUGUACCUUAAUGUGAAUGCUCCCUGCUGUUCCUCUUCUUCAUUCCAUCAGAUGAAAACAUGUAACUUUACUCCACUUGAUUCUGUCAAACUUUUCCCCGGCGGUCAAAUAGGAAACACACAGGGGAAAAGAUUUUUGCCUUAUUUGUAUUAAUGUCGUACGUACACUGGACGAUUGACCCUGAAAGGGUUGAGCUGACGAGCUUGUCAGACAAAACUGAUUAGAUUUAAAAUGUUUGGAAUGAAUUUUUGCUCACGUGAUAAAUAUUUCUGUAUAUUUACUGAGGUGAGUUACGAUAUGCAAAAAUGUUUACAAUUCACAUCAGUGAUGUGACGGCAGCACUGUGAAUAUUUUGACUUCUGAUUCCGUAUUUGAAUUACAAGUCUGUUAUAAAAAGUUGUGCCCAUUAACCAUUUGUUUUUCUACUGCAAAAAGACAAAAGCUGUUUUUACAUGUCGCCUGACGCACAGAGGUGUAAAGAAUAUCUUUGUUGCUGUAUUUAGGAAAGACUCAACGUUUGUUUCAGAUUAAUUUAUAACCCAGAUGAGAAUAUUCAUGUGGAGUGAGUAUGCAUUUCUGAUGACGUUUUAUACAAACUGCAAAUUUUUAUAUCUUGCCACCUGGUUGUUGUCAUUUUGAUAAGUUUGUAAUGAAUAAAUUGCUUUAUUCUUAAUGUAA